CUCGAGUAUCGCGUUCCGCGAGUGUUCGGCCGCGCUCGGGCGCAUUCGGACGCCGAACGUUCGCGGUGACGGUCGUAUACGACGGAUUCGAGUCAGUUCGCGCUGUUAUCGUCGUCGUCGCCGCCGCUACUCCGUCGAUAUCCUCAACUCGUCGCGAUGAGGUGACGGUGCCGCGGGAUCGACUCGCGCGCGCGCUACUUGGUCGACGGCGUAGGUCGGGCUUUUCGGAGACGUCGGGUCGUCACGAUCUCCGUUUUCGCGGACAUGCUGCUGUGAACGUCGUCCCUCGCGAGUGCGAAAAAUGGCACAGGACACCGACGACAUCAAUCUCACGCCGCAGGAGUUGCAGACGCUGUCGGAGCUGGACAGUCGACAGUUUGGCUUUCUUAAGCUGAACUCUCCGGAGCAGGCGAAGAGGAAGGCUGUGGUCGUUCGUGCAAUCAAAUAUUUGGAGCGUAUGCUGGGUCAAGCUCAGGCAGAAAAGCAACGCAGGAAAGCGGAUAUUACAAAAGCAAGUCCCGAUGAAUCCAAGGAGAACGAGGAUGAGGAUAAGGGUAUAAGCAUCGAUCCUAAGACAUACUGCAAGCUGGGACACUUUCAUCUGCUUUUAGAAGAUUACAAUAAAGCGAUGUCAGCAUAUCAGAAAUUCUACUCAUUAAAAGGCGACUACUGGAAGGACGCAUCAUUUCUGUACGGUCUGGGUCUUGUUUACUUCCACUUUAAUGCUUUCCAGUGGGCCGUGAAAGCGUUCCAGCAGGUGCUAUGGGUGGAACCAGGAUUCCCGCGGGCCUGCGAGGUUCACCUACGGCUCGGCUUGAUGCUGAAGGUCCACGCUGAGUUCGACGCCGCUUUGAAGCACCUGACCCUCGCCCUGAUCGACGCCACCACACCUGCUUCCUUCUCCAAGCUCGAGAUAAAAUUCCACAUUGCUCACUUGUACGAGGUUCAGGGCAAGUAUCGCUUAGCCAGAGAGCACUACGAGGUCCUGCUGAAGGAGAAGGUACUGCCGUCGCAUCUCAAGGCCGAUAUCUGCCGUCAAUUGGGAUGGAUGUACCACGUGGUUGACUGUACGGUGCUUGGUAUAACCAGACAGCAGAAGCAGGCUGUAGCUAUCCAUUGUCUCCAGAAGUCCAUCGAGGCUGAACCUAAGAGUGGACAGAGCCUUUAUCUUCUGGGUCGUUGCCUGGCUGCCUCCGGAAAGGUCCACGAUGCGUUUAUCGCAUACAGAAAUUCCGUCGAAAAAUCGGAAGGCAAUGCGGACACAUGGUGCAGCAUAGGCGUUCUGUACCAGCAGCAAAAUCAGCCUAUGGAUGCACUGCAAGCCUACAUAUGCGCUGUGCAGCUAGACAAAACCCAUUCGGCCGCUUGGACUAAUCUGGGGAUAUUGUACGAAAGCGUUAGCCAACCGAAAGACGCUCUGGCUUGUUACGUCAACGCAUCCAGGGGAAACAGCAACGCAGCGAAUUGCACGGGCCCAUUGAUGGGCCUGGGUGGCGUCAAGUCCGGUGGCAACAACCCGAUGAACCCGUCCCUCCAACAGCGCAUCAAUUUUCUGCAGAGUCACCUAAGUCAAGCACCACCAAUGCCUUCUGUCGCUACCAAGAAACGGCAUUUGCCGUCGAUCGAAGAUGCUUGGAAUCUGCCGAUCAGCGCAGAGAUCACCAGCCGGCAGCAGCAGCAACAGCAACAGCAGCAACCCGGCGGACCUUCGUACAAGUACGGCACGACACCUACUGGUCCGCCGCCGCCUUAUCCUCAAGCUCAAGGACAGAACCCCAAGCGAUUUAAGACCGACGAAGUGAUAUCGGCUGCGCCGCAGCAACGGCCGCCGCCAUAUUACCUAUCGUCGCAGCAGCUCCAAAUGCUGCAGUUUCUGCAGCAAAAUCAUGGCAGUCUGACACAGCAGCAACAGGCCUUGCUCGUCCAACUGCAACAACAGUACCGUGCGAUGCAACAACAUCAACAGCACAUCAGCAGGCUGCAACAGCAGCAAGCAGCGCAGCGGGGUCUAAGGCCAGGACAGCCCGGUCAUCCCACGGCCUAUGGCGGUCACCCUCAGAAUCUUGGGCAGACGUCGGGCGUCAUCAAGAACUAUGGCAUACCGCAACAACCGUUGCAGCAGGGAGGUACGGUGGCGCUGCAGACAGGUUUUUCUGAUACCAAUGCCGGUUAUAACACAGCGGCGACCGGAAACACUACACAGUCACCAGGCAUGCCUUACAAAUCCGCCUCCGAUCCAAAUUACCCGCCUCAGAGGCAGCAAAUUGCAGGCGGCGCUCAGUACGGCGGUCAGUACCAGCAGCAGCCGAAUCAGUACGCUGCUCAGGGUUAUACGCAAGUCUCGUCGGCGACCGGCGGCUACCCGGAGAACUCCGCUACGGUCAUGGCAAAUAAAGAUAAUUUGGACAUGACGGAUCAGGAAUUGCAGGCGCUGCUAUCACAGAAGGAUAUUGCAACGUCGCUGGCGGAAGAUCUUCUUAAGCACUUUGGCUCCGACGGCCUGGAUACCGUCGUGAAGGAGGAGCCGUUGAGUGGCGGUGUAAUAAAUGACAACGGUACAUUGAGUUCUGGUCCGUUCUCGCCAUCGAAUCUCGAGGAGAAUGCGGCGGACAAGGCGAAGGAGGUAAAGCUCGAAAAGCCAGAAGAAGCUUCUUCCCAGCGUUCGACGCAGCCGAAAUCGACGGUGGAGGCUGUGACGACGACGCCCGUGGCGACAGCUGCGAUGACAACAACUGUGACGACGGUGAAGUGCGAGACGACGGCGACAACGACGGUGAAGAGCGAGACAACGACAUCGUCGUUAUCUUCAAGCGCAAUGACGAUGUCGACGACGACAGCGGUGACAAACAAGAGCGAAGCUGCUGCCAAUAUUUCCAAGACAGAACCGACGAUGAUGAAUUUGAAGCUUGAAUCGUUGUGCGAAUCACAGCCGGAGCAAGAGCUUAGCAUCGAAAUGGAUGCGAGAACGGUGAUCGAGACGUGCAAGGGUCAAGGGCUGAACGGCGUGCCGAAUUGCUCGAUACUGAGCGAUCGUUCACCGCCGCCAGCACCACCGGAUCCGCCCAGUCAACGAUUGACGAAGGAACAAUUGUUGCCAUCUACACCGAGCAUCUUUCUGGAGCACAAGAAGGACGCGUUUGGUCCGAAUCUACAAGAAUUCUGUCUGAAGCAUCCGAUUGCUGUGAUACGCGGCCUCUCGGCUGCGCUCAAGCUCGAUUUGGGACUAUUCUCUACCAAAACCUUGGUCGAGGCAAAUCCGGAUCACGGUAUCGAGGUGCGCACGCAAAUGCAGCAGACCAGCGAGGAAAACUGGGACCCAGCGCUCAACAAGAAAGUCUGGAAUUGCAUCAGCCAUCGUAGCCAUACGACGAUUGCCAAAUACGCGCAGUACCAGGCCUCGAGCUUUCAGGAGAGCCUGAGGGAGGAGAAAGUACAGGGCGGCGGCAUACACGUUUCCAAUUUGUCAGACUCGGACUCAAAGGACAGCACUGGUCAAACUGUCAGACGUAAGAAGAACACUUUUGGCUUGGCCGGUCGACCAGGAACUAAGAUGCUGCGUUUUGGUACCAAUGUGGAUCUGUCGGAUGAAAGAAAGUGGAAACCGCAAUUGCACGAGCUCAUGAAGCUGCCAGCUUUCGCCAGGGUGGUAUCGGCUGGUAAUAUGCUUAGCCAUGUCGGCCACGUGAUCUUAGGGAUGAACACCGUGCAGUUAUAUAUGAAGGUACCAGGUAGUAGAACUCCCGGCCACCAAGAGAACAAUAAUUUUUGUUCGAUCAACAUCAAUAUCGGACCAGGCGAUUGCGAGUGGUUUGCAGUACCGGACGCAUACUGGGGCAUGGUAUCCUCGCUUUGCGAGCGCAACGGCAUCAGUUACUUGCACGGCAGCUGGUGGCCGAAUCUGGACGACCUAUACGAGGAAAACAUCCCGGUCUAUAGGUUCCAUCAACGACCGGGCGAUCUCGUGUGGGUGAACGCCGGCUGUGUACACUGGGUGCAGGCAGUCGGCUGGUGCAACAACAUCGCGUGGAACGUUGGGCCGCUUACUGCUAGGCAAUAUCAGCUAGCGAUCGAGCGUUACGAAUGGAAUAAAUUGCAGGCGUUUAAAUCGAUUGUGCCGAUGGUGCACCUCUCGUGGAACCUGGCGCGCAACAUCAAGGUAUCGGAUCCGCGGUUAUUCGAGCUAAUCAAGAACUGUUUGCUGCGGACGAUACGACAGUGUUGCUUGAUACUGGAAUUUGUUAAGAAUAAGGGGGUGGAAGUACGCUUCCACGGCCGCGGCAAGAACGAGGCUUCGCAUUAUUGCGGCCAAUGCGAGAUUGAGGUGUUCAAUAUUCUAUUUAUCCGCGAGCAAGAAAAACGUCACGUAGUGCAUUGUAUGGAUUGCGCGCGUAAACAGUCUCCUUCGUUGGAGGGCUUCGUCUGCCUGGAAGAAUACCGUAUGCGCGACUUGAUGGACGUUUACGACGGAUUCACUCUACAUAUGCCGCAGGUUAACGCUACCACCUCCGCCACGACCUCCUCAUCAUCGUCACCUUUGUUGUCGUCGGCGGCGGGGGCGGCAUUGUCGACCAUGUUACAGGCACACAUCAGCCAGUCCUCCUGAGGUUACAUGCAACACAGAUAUUUAGAUUUUCUCAGCACGCUGCAACAGUAGUGAUCACCACCAUCCGGGAAAUGCGAAUUCUACCCGGAUGGUUACUACUGUUAGCGUUAUUCCUUGCGGUAAUAAGAGGACAUUCUUGCGAUAAGCAUUAUUUUCAGUGUACCUGAGAGCUACUCGAAACUAACCGGGACCGGCUCCUUGAAAGCUCUUCAUAGGCAAUCGUCCAUGAAUGUUCCAAGAAUGGGAAAGACAGAGCGUGAUACUAAUUUCUCUCGUGGUAUCGAUUUUAGAAAAAGACAAUGAUUUUAAGUAAAAAUCAUUGAAAAAAACGUUAUUAUAGACAGUCUCUUAAAAAAAAAAAAAAAACAAAAAAAAACAAAAAAAAAAUUUUUUAUCGACGUUAUUUGAGAUAUAACAGGCGUCAUGCUUUGCCUCAUUAUAUUGAAUGUAUAUUUUUAUCUCAAUUUGUGUACAACAUGACUUUUAGGCGCACUUUGUGAUGGUGAGUUUUGCGCGAGCCGAUCCUGGGGAAAAAAGAGAAGGAGAGAAGGGUCCUCGAGGCAAUCGCGGAGAUCGAUUUGUGCCACUCGCUCAUUAAUUAGCGCUGUUUGUACAAAUCUAGUUGGCUUAUAUCCUUAAAAAAAGAGAAAAAGACGAAUCGCUGCCGAUGGCGCCCAGUUUAUUCCCUGUAAAUAUGCGAAGGCGAUCACACGAUUUUUUUCUUUAUAUAGCUCUCGGGUAUUGACUUGUUCCCGACUGUCAAAGGAUGUUAAAUAGCGUAAUAAUCGGCCCGCGGCAUAGUCAUGCGAUCAUUUCUAUUUCGAUAUGCUGGACGUUUUCUUUCACCGAAUUCGAUCAAACUCUCCUUAUCGUCGUUAUCAUCGUAUAAUUAAUUAUCAUCGGCGUAAUAGCGAUCGAGAAUAUGAUGAAUUGCGUGAACAGCGGACGUAGAAUUUAAUUUCCGAGUCGUUUCUUUUCAUUCUUUAUUCUUUUUGGAAUCAGUUGACUUAUAAGACUUUGCGAUAACGCGAUUCACUGCCACUUACGAAGAUACUGAGAUAAAAAGAGAGAUUAGCCGUCUAUUAAAUGUAUUAUACGUGUAAGGGAAUGUGAACGAUCGCCUUUCGUUAAUUGAUCGUUGUUAAGGAAAUAUACGUAUGAAGGCAAACUACUGCCACUACGUGGAACUGCUCAAAUUAUUUGUACAUUUUUGUAUACAAAUCGACAUCGAGAGUAAAAAGGAAAAAAAAAACGAAGAAAA